CCUUUAGGAGGAUUCUUCUCUUUUCUCCAUGAAUUUUCGAGAAAAUUCUUUGGGCUAUGAGCUUUUUCUUCUCUGCUUUUUCUGGUGUUUUGGUGUUUCUCAACAACAAUGCACGCUACAUGUGGGGUUCCCUUCUUUUGCCCCCUCUGGGUUAUAUGUAUGCCAUCAACCCCGUUAACUUUGAUUCUUGAGAUGUGGUGUUCUCAAACAGAGCACGGUACAGAGCAUGUCUUGUAUUCUUCUCUCUUUGAUGUCAGCUUAUCCACGUACCGUAGGUUUUUCUCGGCUGAUGAGUUCAUUUUGGAUGCUAAAUGGCUGAUUGAUCCAAAGCAUCUCUUUGUUGGGCCAAGAAUUGGAGAGGGAGCUCAUGCCAAAGUUUAUGAGGGAAAAUAUAAAAACCAGACUGUUGCAAUUAAAAUAGUUCAUAAAGGAGAAACUCCAGAAGAGAUAGCCAAGAGAGAAGCACGGUUUGCACGAGAAGUUGCAAUGUUGUCCAGAGUUCAGCAUAAAAAUCUAGUGAAGUUUAUUGGGGCCUGCAAGGAGCCUGUAAUGGUGAUGGUUACUGAGCUUCUACUGGGGGGGACACUGCGUAAAUAUUUGCUGAAUAUGCGACCAAGGAGAUUGGAUAUGGGUGUUGCUAUUGGUUUUGCUCUUGAUAUUGCUCGUGCUAUGGAAUGUUUGCAUUCUCAUGGAAUCAUACACCGUGAUCUGAAGCCUGAAAACUUGCUCUUGACAGCAGAUCAGAAAACAGUUAAACUGGCAGAUUUUGGCUUAGCACGGGAAGAAUCAUUAACAGAAAUGAUGACUGCUGAAACAGGGACAUAUCGUUGGAUGGCUCCAUAGUUGUACAGUACUGUCACAUUAAGGCAGGGUGAGAAGAAGCAUUAUAACCAUAAGGUGGAUGCUUAUAGCUUUGCAAUUGUGCUGUGGGAGCUCCUCCACAACAAAUUGCCUUUUGAAGGCAUGUCAAAUCUUCAGGCAGCAUAUACAGCUGCUUUCAAGAAUGUGAGGCCUAGUGCUGAAAACCUUCCAGAAGAGUUGUCUAUAGUUUUAACUUCAUGUUGGAAAGAGGAUCCAAAUGCUUGCCCUAAUUUUAGUCAAAUUAUCGAAGUGCUACUAAACUAUCCGUCGACCAUUUGUCCUCCUGAACCCAUGAUUCCUCCUCGAAUUUUCCAUUCUGAAAACACCAUCUUGCCACCAGAAUCUCCAGGUGCAAGCUCUUUGAUGGCUGUCCGUGAUGACUAUGGGGAAACCCCCAAAGCAGGGUCUGAAAACAAGCCACGAAGUUUCUUUUUCUGCUUUGAGUGCUGUUAAUUCUUUUGGUGAGAAAAGGAAAGACGAAAACAAGAAGUCAGUAGACAAAAGGAAUUUGUACUGAAAGUAUAUUUUGAUGAUGUUAGCCAAUUUUAAAUGAAUAAAUAAAUUACAUUAUGAUUGAUGAAACCAUGCCGUGCUAUAAUUUGAAGCUACUGUAAGUGGGAUCAGAGUUCUAGGUGAUCAUAAUUAUACAUUUAUCAGAAGAUAGAUCUUUGGACACAAAAGCUUCACAUCUAUCAACUGAUGCAUCAAAGUUAGACAGAAGUAAACACACUAUGUGACU